AUGGCUUCGUUGCAACGGCUGCUGCUCGCCUCCACCCUCUUGGUGGUGGCACUUAGGGUUAAUGCCCAAGAUGCCAGGAUAUUCUCUAUCCCGGAAGCCCCGGGUUGGCAGUUGGAGUCCGGGAUGCACCUCCAGCUUACUGCGCCCGAGACAGAGGCGCUGCAAUUGACAUACAGCGUCUACCCCCUGACCGCCCGCGCGGGCUUGAAUCAAUCGGACGACUUCAGAAGCGCAAUAUGGAUCCGCGGAAGCCUGGUUGCGGCGGAAACUCCGGUCAACUCUGAGCGACCUCAAACGAUUGUCUUUCUCAGCUGCGAUCCUGACAACGCGACUGCAACAAUAAACGGCUUAAUGAAUCAGAGGCCCAGGGCAAUCCUGCUUUACAGCUUAGACGGAAAUUGCUGCAGUUUGGAGGGUUCUGACUUGAGUUAUACAUCAAUAUACACCAUGGCCGAUUCCAAUGAGGCGCGUGACACCAUGAACAAUACGGUCAGGGCUGGUGGGGUUCUACGAGCAACGAUUUCGGGGAACGCGAACGUCACAAGCCCAGAGCCCGCUGGUGACCAACGGCAAGGGAACAACUCAGCCGUUGCAAUGAGCAUACUCUACAGCAUCACCGGUCUUAUCACAUUGUUAUUUCUCGUAAUCAUUGCGACCGGGGCAAUUCGGGCCCACCGCUACCCCGAGCGGUACGGUCCCCGGUCCGGGUACGGUGGACGACCUCGGCAGAGCCGGGCAAGGGGUCUGGCUCGCGCAGUACUAGAGACAUUGCCCAUCGUGAAAUUCGGAGAUCCGGGCCCGGCAAAGCCCGAUCCCGCUCUGGAGUUGGAAUCCCAGCAAUCGGCAACCUCACCCGACCCUGGGAUGGGGACCAGGCUUUCGGCAAUUCCCGAAGAGUUACAGUCCCCACAAUCACCCCGAGGCGGCAACACCGCACCCAUGUCGGGCGCGGUAUCAAGCCAGCUCGGGACGACCGGAGUAAACACAAUUGGGCAUGCCACGGCCGAGGCUGCUCUUGGCACAAUGGGGUUAGGAGAUAAAGACGGCUCCAAAACCAACGGACCUUCCUCGGAGGACCACCUCGGCUGCCCUAUCUGCACCGAAGACUUUACUGUAGGCGAGGACGUCCGAGUCCUGCCGUGCGACCACAAAUUCCACCCGCCGUGUAUCGACCCCUGGCUGAUCAACGUUUCGGGAACAUGCCCGUUAUGCCGUCUGGACCUCAGACCCCAGGAUGAACAGUCCCCUUCGGGGUCCGACGCUGAUGACCCCCUCCAGCUGCCCCCACCGCUGAGCUUGAACGAGUGGCACGAACACACGACCACGAGCGGCGGCGCAACGACGACGACAAACACGCAACAACGCAGACGCUCCUCCCGGCUUCUCGACCUUCACAGGUUGCGGCACGCGUCGGUUGAGGAGCGCAUCGAAAUCCUCAGGCGCCAUCGGUCGCAGCAGCAGCUCCGGGAGCGGUCUGCUGCCGCUGCUGCUGCUGCUAACGGUGAUGCUGACGGCGGAGAGGUUCAUGGUAGUAGUGGGGCAGAGACGGAAGAACAGCGCGGGCGCAGGACCAGGCUAACGCAUCGGUUAAAGGAACGGUUUCGUAUCAGGACCAGGACCCAGACCCAGCUGGAUCCGCCACCGGGCCUCCCGGGCUCGGGUGGUGGUAGUAGUACAGGCGCAGGCGCAGGGUGA